AUGGGAGUCGGGAGUUACUUCAAGGCCACGGGCUCACCGGCCACCGAGGCCGCGCAGACACCAUAUCAAACACAGUCACCAAAUCCAACGCCAGAGCCGUCUAGUAGACCUACUUCGGUGCUGCAGCCUCCUACGCCUAGGUAUGGCUCACGACCACAGUCGCUGUCAGGCCGCUCGACGCGGUCUAAUAACAGCUCCUUCAUAUUGGACGACAUCAAACACGAGGUUAUGGUCAACUAUCUCUACCAGCAACAAUGCGCCAACCUCUGGGUGUCUGAUGGUAGCGGUGAGAUUGAGGGCGUGUUGCUUCGCAAAUCGAGAGGCCACUACAUGGCUUGCCCACCGCAGCUGGGCAGCUCACCAUUUGCGAUGGCCUGCGCGGCUCUUAAUGUCCAGUGUGCCAUGACAGUCAACUCAAGAGUCAUCAAGACGUUCCUGCAGUGGUCUCCAGAUGCAGUCGAUGUGCCGCUGACAAACGGCCUGCGGGUUCAAAUUCUGCCUACUAUCGACGAUUUGCCGAGGGCAAGGAAACAUCAGUUCGCCGCGUUCAUCGCUUCGGAAGGUCUUCUGGUGGUAUGGGACGACGACGCGCUUCAUCUGGUUCAGCGCGCAAAGGCUAUUGAGUCGGAGCUGAUGCAGUUAGUGUGGCGUGCUGGCACCGAGGGUGACGAAGAAGACGAGAAGGCUACUGGCCGCGGUGAGCCCGAGAUUGAUGAGGAGAGUGGCGAGAUUAAGCCUGAGAAGAGGCCGGUGCAUUUGAUGAACACAUACCUAGUCACCCUGACGCUGAUUCUGGUGACGGUUUCGAUUGGUGCGGCUGGCCGGCAGCUGGCCAUCGAGGUGUCAGUCGACGGUAACUAUGUCCGGUUGGCGCUGCUUGCGCUGGCUCCUGUGCAGAUCUUCUUCACGCUUUUCUUCUGCCAGGUCAUUGUCGGUUGCUUGGCACAGAUUUUUGGUCCCAUCCGCCAGCUCACCAUCAACUCUAAGUUCUACUCGGCAAAGCCGCCGCCGCGGUUGCGCUCGGCUGUGCUGCCGCACGUCACGAUCCAAUGCCCCGUCUACAAGGAAGGUCUGCAGACUGUCAUUGCCCCGACCGUCAAGUCCAUCAAGCAGGCCAUGUCGACAUACGAACUUCAGGGAGGCUCGGCCAAUCUGUUCAUCAAUGACGACGGUCUGCAGCUGAUCUCGGAGGAAGAACGUCGUGCGCGUAUCGAGUUCUAUGCCGACCACAGCAUCGGCUGGGUAGCCAGGCCAAAGGAUGGUGAGAAUGGGUUCAAGCGCCGUGGCAAGUUCAAGAAGGCUAGCAAUAUGAACUUUGCCCUGAUGAUUUCGUGCAAGGUUGAGGACAAGCUUGCGCAGAUUGAACGUGGCCCUGAGUGGACACAACAUGACGAAGCGCAAGCCUAUGAGAAGGCGCUGAAGGAAGUGCUCGAGGAGGAUGGUCGUGCUUGGGCGGACGGCAAUAUCCGCAUUGGUGAUUACAUCCUGCUCAUCGACUCUGACACUCGUGUCCCGGCCGACUGCUUGCUGGAUGCCGUCUCCGAGAUGGAGCUCUCCCCCGACGUCGGUAUCAUGCAGUUUUCUUCCGGCGUCAUGCAGGUCGUCCACACGUACUUUGAGAACGGCAUCACCUUCUUCACCAACCUUAUCUACAGCGCUAUCCGUUACACAGUUUCGAAUGGCGACGUCGCCCCUUUCGUUGGCCACAACGCUAUCCUUCGCUGGUCCGCCAUUCAACAGGUUUCAUAUGUGGAUGAGGACGGCUACGAGAAGUUCUGGUCGGAAAGCCACGUGUCCGAAGACUUCGAUAUGUCCCUGCGCUUGCAGUGCAAUGGGUACAUUAUCCGCUUGGCAGCCUGGGCCGGUGAUGGCUUCAAAGAGGGUGUGUCGUUGACAGUGUACGACGAACUUGCACGUUGGGAGAAGUACGCGUACGGCUGUAAUGAGCUUCUGUUCCACCCCAUCAGGACGUGGCUGUGGAAAGGACCGUUCACUCCUCUCUUCCGCCGGUUUUUGUUCUCGAACAUCCGCUUCACUUCCAAGGUCACGGUCAUCUCGUAUAUCGGAACUUACUACGCCAUCGGCGCCGCCUGGAUCAUGACUUCGGUCAACUACUUCCUCAUGGGCUGGUUCAACGGCUACCUUGACAAGUACUACCUCGACUCGUGGCAGGUCUGGUUCUCGAUCAUCCUUGUCUUCAACGGCCUGGGUAACAUCGCUCUUGCUGUCAUGCGCUAUCGUGUUGGUGAGCGGAGCAUCCUGUAUGCGCUGUACGAGAACUUCAAGUGGACUAUCAUGCUAGCCAUCUUCCUCGGUGGCUUGUCGCUGCACAUCUCGCAGGCGCUGUUGGCCCACAUGUUCGAGAUCGACAUGCAGUGGGGUGCGACCGCGAAGGAGGUCGAGUUCUCGAAUUUCUUCAUUGAGGUGCCAAAGGUGUUGCGGAAGUUCAAAUUCUCAAUGCUCUUUUCCAUGGCCUUUAUCGUCGGCAUGAUCAUCCUCGCCACGGCCCCGUUCAUCCCGUACAGCUGGCACAUCACCGACUUCGUGGCCAUCUUGCCCAUGGCGACUGUUGCAGCUUCGCAUUUGUUGCUCCCGAUUGCCCUGAACCCCGCGUUGAUGACAUUUUCGUGGUAA